AGCACGUGACGCUAAGGCCUGGUCACGUGCUCGGUGGCCGCGCGGGAGCGCUCGCGGUGCGGGUGCCGUGAGGAUGCUUCGGUCGCUGCUGCUCCCGCUCCUGCUCCUGCUUCUGCUCCUGCUUCUGCUCCCACCCGCCAGCGCCGCUCCUGCUGCCCGGGCGGUGUGGCCCGGCCUGGAGGAGCGGCUCUAUCCGCAGGUGCGGGACCACUUCAGCUUCGAGACCCGAGGCAACGAGACCUUCCCACAGCGGUACCUGGUGUCGGCAAAGUUCUGGAAGAAAGGAUUUGGGCCCAUCUUUUUUUAUACUGGCAAUGAAGGUGACAUCUGGACUUUUGCUCAGAACUCUGACUUUAUAUUUGAAUUAGCAGAGGAACAGCAAGCACUUGUCAUUUUUGCUGAACAUAGGUACUAUGGAAAGUCUCUUCCGUUCGGACUUGAGUCAACACAGCUGAAGAAGACUGCUCUGCUCACUGUGGAACAAGCCCUUGCUGACUAUGCAGUGCUCAUUACUGAGCUUAAGCAGCAGUUUGGUGCUGCAAACUGCCCUGUCAUUGCUUUUGGAGGCAGCUAUGGAGGAAUGCUGAGUGCUUACCUGAGGAUGAAAUACCCAAACAUUGUGGCUGGAGCACUAGCUGCCAGUGCUCCUCUGCUGUCUGUAGCUGGGCUUGGAGACCCCACCCAGUUCUUUAGAGAUGUCACCAUGGAUUUUCAGAAGUCCAGCCUAGGCUGCGUCACAGCUGUCCGCAAGGCCUUCCAGCAGAUCAAGGACCUGUGCCUGAGUGGAGCCUAUGAUGAGAUCAGCAGCAAAAUGGCCACAUGCAGUAAGAUCUCUAACAAAGAGGAUGUUUACCAGCUGUUUGGGUUUGCUAGAAAUGCCUUCACCAUGAUGGCCAUGAUGAACUACCCUUACAAGACUGACUUCAUGGGUCACCUCCCUGCCAGUCCAGUGAAGGUCGGCUGUGAACAAAUUCUUGCCCACAGAGACCCAAUUCAAGGCUUGGCUGCUCUUGUUGGGGUGUUUUACAACUCUUCCGGCUUGGCACCAUGUUACGACAUAUACCAGCUGUACCGGUCCUGUGCUGACCCCACGGGCUGUGGCAUCGGCUUGGAUGCGGAGGCUUGGGACUACCAGGUUUGCACCGAGAUCAACUUAACUUUCAACAGCAACAAUGUGACAGACAUGUUCCCCGAGAUGCCCUUCACAGAGGCCAUGCGGGAGCAGUACUGUUGGAACAAGUGGCACGUGAGGCCACGAGCACACUGGUUGCAGACAAACUUUUGGGGAGGAGACCUGAGAAGUGCAAGCAACAUCAUUUUUUCAAAUGGAGACUUGGACCCGUGGGCUGGAGGUGGGAUAAACAGUAGCCUCAGCCCUUCACUGAUUGCACUGACCGUUAAAGGAGGUGCCCAUCACCUUGAUCUCCGGGGACGCAACCCAGCUGACCCGCCAUCGGUCACAGAAGUGCGCAGGCUGGAAGCCAAGAUCAUUGACGGCUGGGUGAAAUCUGCGGGCAAGGAGUGGGCAUGGGAGCAGCACGUGGGAGCUGCAGCGGGCAGCCAGCUGUGAGCCCUCCAUCCCCACAGCCCCCAGGCAGUGCAGGCUCUGAGCCCCUCCAUCCCCACAGUCCCCUGGGUGGUGCAGCUGCUCCAGGACACAGCAGCCUGCUGAGCUGGGUCCAGGCUGGGUGGGACACUGUUCUCUCCUCUGCCAUGAUGGUGGAAUUUCCCCUUUCCAAAGUGUCCCACCUGCACCUCAUUGAGCAUCAAAAGAAAAGCAAAAGGCCAAAUCACUGACUUGCAACCAAAACCACACUGUUUGGAGUCCAUGCUUGCCUGCUUGGAAUGAGCUGUUACAAGGGGUAGGAAUAAGAAAAGCUUGCCUGGAAGGCCCAAGAACUAUCACAGCUCUAAACAAGAUGAUUGCAUGAGGCACCUUAAGCUUGAAGCUAAAUUAUUUUUAGAGAAAAAGUAUUAGAAGGCUAAUGGAAAAGCAGAGGUAUGGUCAUGACUGACACAGGGGGCUCCACUGGUGACCAGUUAUGUAAAACAGACUGUCAGCCUCAGCCAGGGCUAUGGGUUUGGGGUAUUUUGGUUUUAACUUGCCCAGGAGAUUCCAGUUGCUGAGAUGAAGACUUACACAAAGUAAUCCUGGUGUGCAAUGCUGCCACUCAAGGGCUGUGUAUUAGUGACCAGUAAAGCACACUUCCACUGAGACAUUUUCAGAGCUUUUUAAAACAAAUUACAAGUUUAUUAAAGUGUGUGAUAUCAAAGUUUA